AUGAAUGAUAGACAACCUCUUUUAAACAGAUCUAGUAAAUUAUCUAUUGGUGAUGAUGGUGAUGAUGAUAAUCGGAAAAAGACAACACUUUUGACCGAUAGUUAUUUUAAUUGGCGCCGAUACUUCAGUCGACAAGAGAACGAUAAUAAAUAUAUAACAUUAAGUGACGAUACUGAACAUAGUGGCAAAGAUGAAGCAGUUGGUGUUUUUGGUUUAUCAUUUUCAGAAGCUCGAAUUGCAGCAGCAUCAGUGUUUCGACUUAUUGAUGAGGGAAAAGACACUAGUAUGAAUGAAAUAGAUUUAUGCACAGGGGAUACGGUGUCUUUUUAUGAUAUCAAUGGUGAUAUUGAAUUUGAUAAUGUUAAUUUUACCUAUCCAUCUCGAACAGAUGCAUCAGCUCUACGUCAUCUCUCUCUUAUUGCUCGUGCUGGCCAAACGACUGCACUCAUAGGUACAAGUGGUUGUGGAAAAAGUACAUGUAUGUCACUGCUUCUUCGUUACUAUGAACCUUCAUCAGGUCGAAUAACAAUCGAUGGUCGAUCAAUAACAGACUACAAUAUCAAACAACUUCGACGAAGCAUCGGAGUCGUCAGUCAAGAACCCAUUUUGUUUGGCACGAAUAUUUAUGAAAAUAUUCGUUUCGGUAAAAUAAAUGCAACACGAGAAGAAAUUGAACAAGCAGCACGAGAAGCAAAUGCACAUAAUUUCAUCAUGAAAUUACCAAAUAAGUAUGAAACACUUGUUGGUGAACGUGGUAUACAGUUGAGUGGUGGUGAAAAACAACGUAUUGCAUUAGCUCGUGCUCUUGUUAAACAGCCUACAUUGCUUUUAUUAGAUGAAGCAACAAGUGCACUCGACAACGUUAGCGAAAAACUUGUCCAAGAAGCACUCGAUCGAGCAUGCAAAGGUCGUACAACUAUUGUUAUUGCUCAUCGCUUAACUACAAUUCGAAAUGCUCAACAAAUCUAUGUAUUAGAUAAUGGAAGUAUCAUUGAACAAGGUACACAUGAAACAUUGAUGGGAAUAGAAAGAGGCAAAUAUCAAGCAAUGAUCAAACGUCAACAAAUAGAAAGCAUCUAUGAUGAUCAAGAUGAGAUGAUGAGCAUACAAAAAGCAAGAGAAGAAGAUGAAAAAUCAAUAAUGGAACGCUCUUAUUUACUCAGUGAUAGUGAAAUGAUUGAUAUAAACAAACAAAGUUCAAAGUUACCUCAGCAAAGAUUUGCCUUUUUAAGACUCUUGUCAAUGAAUAGUCCUGAAUGGAUUAGUAUCUUGAUUGGUUGCAUAGCGUGUAUACUUAAUGGAGCAGCUCAAUCAUUGUUUGCAUUUUUACUUACCAAAAUGAUCGAGUAUACAGCUUUUGCUAUAGCAGGAUCGAAAUUAACGCAACGUAUUCGUUCCAAAGCCUUUGCAUGUCUUCUUCGUCAGGAAGUUGCUUAUUUUGAUCGACCCGAGAAUAGUUCUGGUGCAAUUUCUACUCGUCUUUCUUCAGAUGCAGCAGCAGUUCAAGAAAUGACUGAUACUCGAUUAGGAGUUGUCUGUGAAAUUCUUGCAUUGUGGAUUUUUGGAAUUCUCUUUGGAUGCUUCAUAAGUUGGCAAUUAACAUUGAUAGUCUUUUGCUCUUUUGUUAUUUUAUGCAUAGUCUCCUAUGGACAAGUAUGCUUACGUUUAUCAAUGGACCAACAAUCUGAUCAUAUUAUCAGACAAGCAAGCACACUUGCUGUUGAAGUUAUUCACAAUAUGCGUACAGUAAAGCAGUUGUCAAUGGAACAAGAAGUCUCACGACAAUAUUCUGAACUCAUGCGUCCAUUAUUUAUAUCUAACCGUAUUGCUGCAUCAGUCUCAGCUGCUGAAUCAUUUUUUAAUUUGUUUGAUCGAAAACCAGAUAUCGACAAUACCUCAACAGAAGGAAAAGAAUUAGUUGAUUUUCAUGGAGAAAUAACAUUUAAUCAAGUUAAAUUUAUAUAUCCAACUCGGCCAACAUCCUAUAUUCUUAACAAAUUUCAAUUAGCUAUCAAGCCAAGUCAACGGGUAGCUCUUGUUGGCGCAUCUGGAUGUGGAAAAUCAACAAUAAUUCAACUGUUGGAACGAUUCUAUGAUGUUACAAGUGGUCAAGUACUUCUUGGUGGUAUUGAUAUUCGACAACUAAACGUUCAGUCGGUUCGAUCUCAGUUUGGUCUUGUUUGCCAAGAACCAAUAUUAUUUGAUUUAACAAUUGCUGAAAAUAUAGCAUAUGGCUUAGAAAAUGCUCCCAUGGAAGACAUUAUUUAUGCGGCAAAGAAAGCUAAUAUUCAUCACUUUAUUGAACAAUUGCCUCAGGGUUAUGAAACAAAAGUAGGAUUGAAAGGAAGCUUUCUGUCAGGUGGUGAAAAACAGCGUAUCGCUAUUGCUCGAGUUCUUCUCCGGCGACCUAAAGUAUUAUUGUUAGAUGAAGCUACAAGUGCCAUGGAUUCACACAAUGAACAAAUUGUACAAGAAGCUCUUGAAGAAGCCCAAACAGAAGAUCCUAACCGAACAUCACUCAUUAUUGCUCAUCGUCUUUCAACUAUUCGUUCAUGUGAUUUGAUUUGUGUACUUGAUAGAGGAUGUAUAGUAGAAAGUGGCGCUCAUACAGAAUUGUUACAGCGACGUGGUAUUUAUUAUAAAAUGCUUGCAUUAAACAAUUCACAAUAA